AUGGGUCCGAAAUCAGGUAAUGGCACCACGGCUUCCGGGCGUCCCCGAAGGCGGGCCGUCGAGGCGUGCUCGUUCUGCCGAAGGCGCAAAAUCAAGUGCAACAACGAACAGCCUACGUGUGCCAACUGCAAGACUUACGGCAAAGACUGUGUCUAUGAGCCUCUGGCUAGCCCUGACGAAAAUACACUGCACUCCACACCAACACGACGUCAUGCCGAGCGGCAAAGACAGAGUGCUUUGAGGGGCACGAGACGGGAAACCCACGCCCCGACAAGUGCUCAGGAUAGUAGUGUACGCAAUGACACUCCCGCGGAUCGCAACGACGCCGCGCGCUCACCAAACCCCGAUGACCACGAUCCUUCGACCCCCUCGCCCCCUCUUUCUAGGAACCAGCAUCCGGGAAACUCAGCGGAACGGGCAUCUUCCCAUCGCGGGGAUGUAUCUCGUAUCGUGGUAUCCGCAAAUGGAGUCUCGAGCUACCAUGGCCGCACCAGUGCCUUGUUCGAGGAGAAUCCCCAGGAGCGAUUCUCGGUAGCUGAUCUGCGCCCCCGGAUGCCAGAUGACUGGAUCGAGAAAGGCCUGGUUGCAGAGACAGCCAAACAACGUCAACUUGAGGAGUUCAAUCAUCGAGCGGGAACGCUCGAUUUUGACGGCGUGGACCCAGAGCUUGGCAUGCAUCUCUUGUCCCUGCACUGGAAUCGCCAGCAUCACUCAUUCUUGCUCACCUAUCGACCCGCAUUCAUGCGAGAUAUGGCCUGUAAUGGACCAUACUUCUCCAAGAUACUCUUGAACGCCAUCUACUUUGGGGCUUCCAAGUUCAGUCCCCGAAGAGAGGUACGGAGGGACCCCAAUGAUGUUCGUACUGCCGGCUGGGCUUUUCGCGAGCGUGUGCGCAAAUUGCUCGGUGAUGCGCUUGAUAGUAGUGAUAUUACAACGAUCCAAGCUUUGCUAGUGAUGACGAACUCGCUGUUUGCGCUAGGGGAUGAGAGAAGCGCGGCUUGGUUGUAUGCUGGUUUGGCAUUCCGCAUGAUUAUAGACCUGGGCAUGCAUGUAGAUGCUCCAGGUCUUGGUGUUACACGCAAGUUUUCUGAUGAAGAUCUGGAGAUACGACGACGGGUCUUCUGGGGGGCAUUUGUUGUCGACAAGAUCCAGAGUUUGUAUCAAGGGCGUCCAGCAUCCCUAAAAGAGUUCGACACCCUGGUACCGAUCAAGUUUCUCGACACAUUUGAAGAGUUUGAGAACUGGAAGCCGUUUGCCUACUCUACCGACGCCACUAACUACCCAGGUUCGCCCGCCUACAGUGUAUCGACAUUCACCUAUCUUUGUCGCCUCUCGGUCGUCAUGAGCGACAUACUGAGUUGCAUCUACACUGAGAGGGCGUUCGACAAGAGCGCCGCGGAGCUUUCCACAAUGUUACAGACCUUGAGCUCGAAGUUGGCAACUUGGAAAGAUGCACUCCCAGCACACCUUAUCUUUGAUCCAAAGAGUAAUGACGUUGCGCCGCCACCGCAUGUUCUCAGUCUGCAUGCCAUGUACCAUGUUCUUACCAUCCUUCUCAACCGCCCGUUUGUGGCUGAUGGCCACCUUUACAAUACGUCUCGCUCCAUCUCUGUCAACUCAUUCAUCACCUGUGCGUCUGCGGCUGAUAGCAUUGUGAGCGUUCUUCGAGUGUAUGACAGAAGUUUUGCAAGAGGUCAAGAUCCUAACGCAGCUUCAGCGGAUUCGACAGCAGAUGUUGGAUUUCAACAGGUCCCACAAACAGCGGGAAAUCAAGCUUCCAGCUUUGGUCCCUCGGGCUUUGGGGGCAAUACAGUCUGGUUCCAGGGAAUGCCUGAAGGAGACGGCGGCUCGGCCUCCUUUGAUGACUUGCUCUUUGGCUUCAACGGAUCCGCUUUGGAUAGCAUGUUCUCUUGA